AUGGGAGUGGGGGGCUCCAGGCAGCUGUGCCCACAGAGGCACCUGCAGUCAUCUGGAGAUUCCCCGGGAACCUUGGCUUGUGCACAAGCUGUUGGCCACUUCAUUGGUUCACAGCUGCACCAGCGGACUGUCCCUGUCACACUCAAGGCAUCUUCUGUUGCUCUGUUACCCAGUUCUUGCCCAGACUCUAGAGUAGCUACCAUCAUCUCUCUAGAUUGGAUGCUGAGCCUAGAAACUCACCAAGCCAACAGGGGAAUUGACUUGGGAGGCCUUGGGAAAUUGAGGAUCAGGAAGGGUGGUCAUCUGCCCAGAGAUGUCUAUUCAUUCAACAGAAGUUGA